AUGGCUUCAUCAGACGAAGGGUACGCUGACCCCUUUGCUGGCAUACAUGAGCCAUUUGCUGGCUUGACUGAAAUGGAUUUUGAACUCCACAGCAUUUACAUGGACCAUGAACCAGAGGAAGAAUUUGUGUCCUCACUUGAUAAAUGUAAGGAUAUCUUCCUAAAUGUUCUAUUAAGUGAUGAAAACCUACGAAAUUCUAGUAUGGCAGAUGAAAUCAAAGCACAAGUAUACCAUGCUACUGAUUGGCAGAGUGAUGAAGAUGAACAGGAGGUAUUGAAAAACAACUAUAGAAUUCAUGAUCCGACCAUCAAGUGGGACAAGAUGGUACCAAAGCUUGGUGACAUCUUUGAAUCCCCUGCCCAACUGAAGUUUUGUGUCACCAAUUAUGCAAUCUCACAUGGCUAUAAAAUAUACUUUGAAAAAGGUGAUAGUAAAAGAAUUGUAGCUACAUGUGGAAAUAGGAAGGAAGAGAAUAAAUGCCCUUUCAAAAUUUAUGUUGCAUGGAUGUUUGAGAGGCAGGAACCUGUCCCUAUGCCACCAAAGAAGAAAGGAAGGCCUAGGAAGGAACAAUUUGAACCCAAUCAAGCAUCAUGUGAUAGGUCUGAGAGGCAGGAAGCAGUUUCUAUGCCACCAAAUAAGAAAGGAAGGCCAAGGAAAAAGGUCCAUUCUGACCCAAAUCAAGCAUCAGUUUCUAAAUAUGUUAAAAGCAAAAAUGAUGGUUUAGAUGGUCAUAUUGAAAGUAGGGGAUGUGAGGAACAAGUGAAAGAUUUGUUUAACAAUGAAGAUAUUGAUGAUGACAGUCUGGUUGAUAUGAUGUGCACUUUUGAAGCUUCUGUUAGCCAACCAAAGGAUAAUUAUCAGAAAAGUGAUGGAUUCCAAGAUGCAAUGGAUGUUAUUAUUCAAAGUAUUCUUCAUGCUAAUGAUGAAAAAGGUGUUGAGGAAGUUGAACCUGACCUGACAAAAAAACUUGAUGAGUUUGAAGAUGCAAUGGAUGUUAUUCUUAAAGGAAAUGAAGAUGAUGGUCUUAUAAAUGAUGGUGUGGAGGAAAAUGAGGGUGAUGGUGAGGGUGAUGAUGCUGAUGAAGUAGCUGGUGAGGGUGAUGGUGAUGGUGCUGGUGAGGGUGAUGGAGAGGGUGAUGGUGCUGGUGAGGAUGAUGCAGCAGAUAUGGAGGGAAAUGAUGUUGAUGAUGAAGGUCAUUGGCAGGGGCAACAAACUAUGAACUCUAGUUUGAUGCGACACAGAUCAACACCAAGUUCGUAUUUCUCAAAUUUGAUAAACAGUGACAUGCAUGAAGACGAAGAUGCUGACCCAUUCUUCAACCCUCGGGCAUAA